UGACGACUUCCGCCUGAAUUUCACAACUAUCCCAUGUGGUUGGGAAUACGGGUUUUCUCGUAAUAAACCCAUAAUUACAGAAAUGGAGUACAUGAAAGAAAAACCCACACCAUCUGUAAACUUCAUACUAUGCUGUCAAUGUGGUACCCAUAUAGAACCCAAUCCCACCAACACGUGUGUGUCCUGUCUGAGGACCCAGGUGGACAUCACAGAGGGCAUCCCAAAACAAGGCGUCCUGUAUUUCUGUAGGAACUGUGAGAGAUAUCUACAGCCUCCGAGUCACUGGGUCAAUGCCUCACUGGAGUCCAGAGAACUUUUAUCAGUCUGUCUGAAGAAAUUGAAAGCUGGUCUUAGCAAGGUACAUUUGGUUGAUGCUGGCUUUGUGUGGACAGAGCCCCACUCACAGAGGAUAAAGGUUAAGCUUUCUGUACAGAAAGAGGUGUUGAACAGUGCCAUGCUGCAGCAGGUGUUUGUGGUGGAGUUUGUAGUCAACAACCAGAUGUGUGAUGACUGCCAUCGAGUAGAGGCCAAGGAUUUCUGGAGGGCCGUGGUACAGCUACGUCAGAAGACAGACCAUAAGAAGACAUUUUACUACCUGGAGCAGCUCAUUCUGAAACACAAGGCACAUGCUCAUACAGUCAAUAUCAAACCACUUUACGAUGGGCUGGACUUUUAUUACGCUCAUAAAAACGAUGCUAGGAAGUUGGUGGAUUUUCUAGAAACAGUUGUUCCCUGCAAAUACAACAUUGCACAGGAACUUGUGACCCAUGACCCCCACAACAAUACGUUUACAUACAAACACACGUUCUCUGUGGCUAUUGUACCCAUAUGUAAGGACAAUGUGGUAUGCCUCCCACAGAAGCUGGCUCAGUCACUAGGAAACAUCAACCCUAUCUGUGUCUGUAAUAAAGUCACUCAGGCUAUCCAUAUCAUUGACCCAAACACACUACAGGUUGCUGAGAUCAGUGGAGCCUUGUUCUACAGGUGGCCAUUUAGCAGUCUGUGUUCACCCAAACAGUUAGUGGAGUUCAUGGUCAUGCAGGUAGACUUCAUACCGGAAAAGGAGCAGAGUAAGCGACACUUUCCUGUGUCGAAUAAGCAUGUCCUGGCUGAUGUGUGGGUGGCUAGAAUGACCAACGCUGGACUGAGUGACCAACAGCAUUUCUGUCGUACAUUCCUUGGUCAUCUGCUGAGUGCAGGAGAUGUAGUACUUGGAUUUGAUUUCACCAAUGCCAACAUCAACAAUCGUGAGCUUGAGAACAUUAAACCCGAAAAAGUGCCAGAUGUUGUGAUUGUCAGGAAGGUGUUUGGGGACAAGACACAGAGGAACAAAAAGAGGCGAUGGAAACUGAGACAUCUCCAUGAAGAAACAGCAAGCAAUGACAGGGAUUACAAUGACUUUUUGGAAGACUUGGAAGAAGAUGCAAAUUACCGCCAAGGUGUCAACAUCUAUAAAGACAACAGUAAGAUUGCUGUUGAUGCAGAUGACACUGAUGAUGAAGACCUGCCUCAGAUCAGUCUCCAAGAGAUGCUUGAUGACCUACAUAUUGAAGAAGAUGCUACUGGUGGGGAGGGAGCUGAAAUGAUAGAAUAGUACCCGUGUGUUAGAAACAGUUACAUUUUACAAGGUUUUAACAGCUAUACCCAACCAACACCCUUUUCAAUAAUGUCUUUCAGAUGCAUUUUAUGGAUGAAGUCCUGCUGUUUUUUGACAAUAAUUCACUUUUGAUGCAAAGUAUGAAAGCACCUGAUUAUUUUUCACUAUCAAAUAACAUAUAAACUAACCGCUUGUCCUAUCCAAAGCAUGGCAUUUUCUUUUAAACUCUUCAAACAUGAAUGGCUGUAUGUUUUGUUUGAAUAAAUCAUGAAGGUCUAAUGUCUUUGUGGUAUCUGA